GUAGCAAAGGGUAAGAUUUCCUUUUUCAUGACAUGGCGAGUGGCAUUUCUUUGUCUCAGUCUCUCUUUAACAGUGGCUUAGUAUUUCUUAUCUUUCCAUUUACUCCCCAUAAGACUGACAAUAUGCUAAGUGCUGAGGAUACAACUAUGACCAUAUAAAUAGGGUUUCUCCUCUUGUGAAGUUUAUAGUUUAAUGGGAGACAGUCAAUAAACAACACAAAUUAACUUGAUAAUUAUAGGCAAUGAUUAAAUACUAUGAAAACAUAAGAAAAUUACUGUCGGACUGGGGUGGGGAGAGGCUGGUUAACCUAGACUGGUGAUCAAUAAACGCCUCUGAAAAGUGACAUUUAAGCUUGAGUGAUGAGACAGAAGCAGUCUUUAAAAACUAAUUUUUCUAAUCCCCUCUUUUUUCCUAGGAUCUGUAGUUGGGAAGUAGUGGUCCCUUAUGCGUCCGAUAGUGAUUCAGGAAGUGUGGAUUUGCAGCUGAGCAACUUAGAGGAUAUUAUAAAGGGCCCAAGUAGCCUUGAAUUUACAGAUAGGUUCAGAUACCUGACUCAUGACGACGCCUUCAGUGAGGCCAACGUUGAGAACCUGAUCGAGUCCAUCCAAGAGUUUUUUCAUGGUGAGCUAAAGAGUGAACAUGAGAAGCUGACAUACCUAAGAUCUUUGUCUUCUCUCAGCCGAAUUUUACCUUAUGAUGAAACCACAGAAUCAUUCAUUCACGGCCACAUCGCAGACAUUGUGCAUAUUCUAUACCUCCAGCCCAAGGAGAAGGGAGGUAAGUAGAGAGGUCUCUCUAUCAUGGCUCCUAUAAAGCAGGCUGCCCACAAAUCCACCAGUGGCAAAGCACCAAGGAAACCACUGGCUACCGAAGCCCCUCACAAGAGUGGGGCCUCUGCUGGAGGAGUAAAGAAACCUCAUUGUUAAAGGCCUAGUACUGUGGCACUUUGUGAAAUUAGAUGCCAUCAGAAGUCCAUUGAACUAAUUUCCAAACUUACCUUCCAGUGUCUGGUAUGAGAAAUUGCACAGGAUUUCAAAACAGAUCUGUGCUUCCAGAGUGUAGCAAUUGGUGCUUUGCAGGAGGCAAGUGAGGCCUAUCGGGUUGGCCUUUUUGAAGACACCAACCUGUAUGCUAUCCAUGCCAAACAUGUAACAGUUAUGCCAAAAGACAUCCAGCUAGCAUGCCUCGGGCACAGAGAACAUGCUUAAGAACUCACUAGGAUGGGAAACAUUUCAUUCUUUAAAAAAAAAAAAAUUUUUUUUUCUCUCCUUCCUGUUAUUGGUAGCUCUGAACAUUAAGUAUUUUUUCGCCAUGGGGUUAAAAGGUACCUAAGUAUAUGAUUGCAAGUGGGAAAUAGGGGCCAGGAAUCAGGUAUUGGCAGUUUUUUCAUUUUCAUUUGUGUGUGAAUUUUUUUUACUAUAAAUGUGGGAACAUAAAGCAUUAAUGCAAGUCAAAACGUUUCAGUAAACAAGUUUCAACCAUUCAACUUUAUAACAAUAUAAAUAAACCCAUUAAAUUUUUUCUGGACAAUGCCAGCAUUUGGAUUUUUUAAAAACAAAUAAAGUUCUUAUUGAUGGCAACUAAGUGAUAUUUGUAGCAUUUUUAUCAUACAGUAGAUUCUAUCCAUUCAGUAUACUUUUCUGAGUUGUUUCACAUGCAAGUGCAUGUUUUUAAUGUUGUCUGUCUGCUGUGCUAUUCCUGUAAGUUUGCUAUUAAAAUAC